AUGAAUGCCCUCCUCCUACUCCUCCUCCUCCUCCCCGCCCUCUUCCUACUGGGCACAGUAACCCACCACCUCCUCCCACGCAAUCUCACCCGCGAAGACCUCACUCGCGCUCUACGCAAGCUCAUGCGUCGCGACCUCUCCCGCUCAGCCUUCGGCCUUCCGCCUGUUCCCUCGCGCUUGUCCGUGCGCGCAGCCACGUUCCUGUCACUGUGUGUUGCAGCCGCCACCUCCCUCGCCUGUGGGACGGUCUUCCUCGUUCUCUCCUCUUCCAUCCUGGCGCUCGCCCCAACCUUCUUGGCACCCACCACCGCCGCCACCACCACCCCCACCUACCCAUCCCACCCACCUACCUUUGGACCAGGCCUCAACAAGGUUACCGCCGCCCUCCUGGCUGCCACCACAGCCCUGCCUAUCGUCUCAACCCUCCUCGCCGCCGCAGGCGUAUUCCUCCGCCUCCGCAAAGGACCAAACCUCGUCCGCGGGUUACUCGGCGCACAGGGCCGACACCUCACCCAUGCUGCUGUCGCGCGCACAUCGCUGUUUGCGCUCAUCCUUACUGGCACACUGGUGGGGGUAUCUGCUGCCCUGCCAGCGUAUGCGGCACUUAUCAUUUUGGCCGCGGCCGCCAGCCACGCUCGCAAAUCACGCGACCUUCUACGCUCAGAGAUAUCACAGACCAACACGACAUGGACGCACUUGAACUCGUCGUCCCACCUCAACUCCUCGAACGACUCGGACCUCCUUGGUGACUUCAGCAACAUCCUCCCGCCGCGGGAAGCCAUAACGCAGCCCUCCACGCCGGUGCCGUGGAUGCCACCCGUCGGCUCGCCAAGCUCCUGGGUCUCGGAACGUGAGGCGGCCACAUUGCCCGAAUGGGACUUCCGCGCGUCCCUCGGUCACCGGCGUACAAGCAGCUCGUUUACGAACCGCACGCUGGCCGCACUGGGCCUCGAACCAAAGACCAAGAGAAGUAAGAGCAGCGAGACGAACACGUUCCACACGGCGCCAACGAAACCAAGCUCGUCUAUCUCGAGUGCGGGCCGACGCAGUUUCUCGGCUCCAACUGCCAACGACAGCCAGCGUCCUGAUGGUUCUGUUGUCGGCGUGUUCGAACCCAGCCCGUUCGAACCCCUCCCACCGCACAACUUCAGUACCAUCACCAAGCUCUCGGUUCCCCGCUCUGCUGGUAAUAGCGACGUGACGAGAAGCGUUGCCGACCUCGGUGGCGCGCGCACUUUCACCCUCGUCGACCAUGGCGCCCAUGUCGCCAUCCACGACCUCUCCAACACCAACCUCUCUUCGAUCGAGCACAGCAGUACCGCUAACCUCACCUCGAUCGAGAACAGCCACGACAUGCCCAGUACCGUCAAACUGACGAUUCCCACACCUGCCGCGGUGUCCCCCGGAUCGCCUUGGUGGCCAAGCGAGAUGGGAGACAUGAACGACACCGAAUGGCUUCCGGUCAAACCGCCGCCCGUGUCCGAGGGCUGGCGCCGGGCUGACAGCAUGUGCGGCCUCCUCGGCGUCGUCGGUCUCGUCCUCUGCUUCGGACUCACGGUGCCACUUCUGGUGCUCGGCGUGCACACUGCCACACUCACGACGUUUGCGGUCUCAAUCGCCCUACCGGGGCCAGCCCUCGCCGCGGCGACAUUCUUCACCCGUCACAUACCCAUCACCACGCCCAUGCCUCUUCCGUCUGCGGCCGGAGUCGCGUCGACCGCCAUCGGCAUCGAGUGGGACCGCAACAGCGGAUACCGUACCAUCGACUUUACACGUGUCGACUUUGGCCAACCGCGCUGGAGAGCGCCCCAACCGGGCCCGCACGGCUCGGGCGUGCGGAUCAGCGAGCCGCGAGACCUGCGCCCAGUGCGUCCCCUAACCCCGAUUAUGCCCAGCAAGCCGACGAACACAGCAACCCUCAAAGCCAGCACUCCCAACGCGCGCAAGCACAGUUUCCGCCGCCGCGAACUCCUCAAGCCCAACCCUCACAUCGUCCAAGCGCCCAAGAUACGGAACAGGCUCGGGCGCCUCCGCGGCGGCGUGAUGAGCAUAUGUGCCGACCACACGCGCGGCGACAGCGCGAGCGGCGACGAAGCCACUUUCGUGAGCAUGGAAAGCGCCGAGAUCCGCUCAGCUGUGCGCCUGACAGCCCGCUGCCCCAGCUUCGUCGACCUCUCGGCACCCCAGCGCAUCAUGUUCAGCGAGAGUCUUCAAGCGGCCGUCGUUGAACAACUCACCCGCCGAGACGCCGACUCGGACGCAAGUUACCGCGUCGAUUCUUAUUGUAACGAUUCGUCGUCUCCCGGCCGGAAGGGCGAGAUCGUCCGUGUAGUCCGUGCCGAACUGGAUCUGGGCGAGCCACGUAUCUUCUCUUCUUCCUUCGACCCCGCCCGCGCCUCAACGCCGCUCGGGUAUCGCCCUAAGGGCUCGACGACAACCAAUAUCGAUCUGGACCUCAGCGUCGAUUGGGACGAGAUGGGCCUGCCGCCCAACCCGCCGCUCCCGGAGUCGUAUUGUGGUUUGGCGUUUGCACCGCACAGUAUCUCACAUGCCCCAAGUACCAAGCUCGAUGGGGAGGAGAUGGCGCGCGAGAGCCACGAAGCCGACUCGAGCAUCGCUCGCAGCGCAGGUUGGAUCCGGGCCCUGGUGGAGGGUUGGACGCCACUCCGCACAUCCACCAAUUCAGGAAUGUCGCGCAAGUCGACCCUCCCAUCCAUCGAGGAACACAGAACGCCUAGUCGUCCCAAGUCAUGGUCGCAUGGGACUCUGACCUCCGGGUUUCAGACGCCGAGCUCAAUUGCGCGCCUCCCCAUCCAACCGGCCGGCAGGCCGCUCAACCACCUCCCGUCCCUGCCUUUGGCCGUCGCCGUCCCACCUCCCCAGCCCCUCCCCCUUUCUCUUACCCGUCCAAUCUCCUCGCCAGUCGGCACAUCUCCCCUCUCUCCAUGGACGACGGGCGUGUACAGCCACAUGAUGCCUCGCCGCGUCGACCCAGCCCCGACGCCGCAACGCGCUGAAAUUACCCGCCCCGAAUGCACCACACACAAGUACAGCGUGCGCAGCACACCGCGCAAGGCGGAGAUGAGCAAGGCCAUCGGAGCUGUCGCCACAAUCAUACGCGCAGAAUCAGUUACCCCCGAUACAUCACGCAGCGAACUACGUAGUCUCACCCUCGUCGAGCGCGCCAAGCACCGCAAGAACCUCAAGGACAGAGUUGGCAGCGUCAGCCCUCGCCUAUCGACGGAACUCUCGGACAUCAUCAGUACGGGAACAGGCAGGGACAGUAGCCGCUUCGCGGACGCGUCGGGAUGGACAGAGGGCAGCUCGCGUUUCGCCGACGCCGACGACAGCUUCUACCAGAGCCCCGAGAGGGCCACCGCGACCUUUGGGCGGCACCUCCUGAAGGACAAGCACAAGGCCGAGUCAGUAGCCAAGCCCGCCCCUGCCUCGCUCAUAGUCGACAUCGCGCGCCCCGAGCCGGCCAGUAUGGCCCCGACGUACUCGCCACUCCGCUCGGGACCCGCAUACGAAGCGACUUUGGCCAGCCUGCGCGAAUACUCCUUCCCGACCCAGUCGCCAUCAGACCUUGGGAUCGACAAGCCCGUCGGCGGGGCGAUCAAAGUCGCGCGCGGCAGCGCGACCCAGACUGUGGUGUUCGACGACACCUCCCGCUCAACAGUUGCCGGUAUCCGUACCUUUGGCAAGACGAGCUCGUCGUCUCUGCCGCUCAGCAAGCUCUCGACAGGACCUGAAAGCUUCCGUUCUUCAGGCAAGAUGUCGACCGACUCUGCCCCUUUCAACCGCAGCUCCACCGAGCCGUUCAAGGUCUUCAACGAUACGACUAACACGACUACUAGCAAGAUCUCAUCCGGUUCUUCCAAGCUCUCCCUUCCGCCGAGUAAGGACAAGGAGAACGACCCAGGUGCGGCGGUGCGUACUGGCCGUGGCCGGCACAGGGGCUCGCAGGGGCUGGUGCGCGCUCUUGCGCCGCGAUUCUAG